AUGGGCUCCCAGCCAUUACUCCGACUGGGGUUUCUAGGGCUGAUAGGUCUUCUGUGCUUGCUUCUGGUGCACCAGACCCUUCAUGUCACCGACAGUAGUCCUAGUCGGAAUCAUGCACGGGAUCUCGUGGCCUCUGCGACUCCUAGGGUUUGGCAAGGCCAAAAUCUGACCAUCUCUGUCUCUUCCUCGAGAGGUUUAGCAGCGCGGGCACUCGAUUUUGAGACGGCGGUACAAAAGGGCAACGGCUUGUAUUGCAAGUGCAGGGCCAAGUGGCAACUCAGCGACGAGUCUGCCUGGACGACCAUAGACGAGUUGGAAAAUUACUGGGAGAGCCACGCAUACGGAGAGAAUGCCGGUACCGAACCCGACAGUGUGGCGUGGUUGAAAGAGGCCUUGACAGCCAAAGGACUGCCCACUGUGCUCAGCUCAAACAACGGGAAAGACGGCAAUUUGGUGGGACAAUUCUGGGUUCAGGAAAAGCCUUGGACGACAGAGGUAAAUGCCAAUGGCAAAGAAACAGAUGGAUUCUACAUCAACCCCAUGAGUCCCAUAGCCGGCCUGGUCAUUGCGGAAAACAAUCGGAGUCCCGCGGACAUGAGUGGUGGGCGAACCUGUCCGAUAAGUAAAUGGUCCGACGUGGUCUGGCUCAGUUACGCCGCGCUGGCCAGGUCUACCGGCAGCUCCGUGGCAAAUCUGAAGUACCUGGUCCGGACACACAUUAUCAAUGCGGAUACUUUGAGUGUUAUGAAAACGGUGUGUGGUGGCCCUUGUCCUGCGUGGCCCGGAAUGGUCUUCGACAUCAAUCAGAAGAAGAGCGGCGGGGUGUUGAUUAACCAGAAUGGAUUGGCCUUGUUGGGAACCCCCAAUGGUGGAGGAGCCGCUUGGCUUCUGAUCAACCACAAGCAGCAACUAGGAAAGAAAACCCCGAUAUCUGUCACAGCUUGGACGACCUCAGGAUUGGAUGAGAACGGCAACGACGAGCCAUGGUUUCAUAUGAUCUUUCAGUUCAGUUCCUGA